GGUGGGGUUUGCUCAGACUGUCCUUCCUCUCUGGACUGUAAGAAUAUGUCUCCAGGGCCAGUGUCUUCAGAGAUCCAGUCUCACCUUCCAAGUCCUGGCAUCUCAUUACAUCUGGGAAGUGGCCUGCAUUAAGUCAUAACUGAGCACACAAGCAAGUUUCGGAGAGGGGGAGCCAUGGCUGCAGUGAUACUGGAGAGCAUCUUCCUGAAGCGCUCCCAACAGAAGAAGAAAACAUCGCCAUUAAACUUUAAGAAGCGCCUAUUUCUCUUGACUGUACACAAACUUUCCUACUAUGAGUAUGACUUUGAACGUGGGAGAAGAGGCAGUAAGAAAGGUUCAAUAGAUGUUGAGAAGAUCACCUGUGUUGAAACAGUAGUUCCUGAAAAAAAUCCUCCACCAGAAAGACAGAUUCCGAGGAGGGGUGAGGAGUCCAGUGAAAUGGAACAGAUCUCAAUCAUUGAAAGGUUCCCAUACCCAUUCCAGGUUGUAUAUGAUGAAGGACCUCUCUAUGUUUUCUCACCAACUGAAGAGCUGAGAAAACGUUGGAUUCACCAGCUCAAAAAUGUAAUCCGGUACAAUAGUGACCUGGUUCAGAAAUACCACCCUUGCUUCUGGAUCGAUGGACAGUACCUCUGCUGUUCUCAGACUGCUAAGAAUGCUAUGGGCUGCCAAAUUUUGGAGAACAGGAAUGGAAGCUUAAAACCUGGGAGUUCUCAUCGAAAAACGAAAAAGCCCCUUCCUCCUACCCCGGAGGAAGAUCAGAUCUUGAAAAAACCACUUCCCCCUGAGCCCACAGCAGCGCCGGUCUCUACAAGUGAGCUGAAAAAGGUUGUGGCCCUUUAUGACUAUAUGCCAAUGAAUGCAAAUGACUUACAAUUGCGAAAGGGCGAGGAGUAUUUUAUCCUGGAGGAGAGCAACCUACCAUGGUGGCGAGCACGAGAUAAAAAUGGGCAGGAGGGCUACAUCCCUAGUAACUAUGUCACUGAAGCAGAGGACUCCAUAGAGAUGUAUGAGUGGUACUCCAAGCACAUGACUCGAAGUCAAGCUGAGCAACUGCUAAAGCAAGAGGGAAAAGAAGGAGGUUUCAUUGUCAGAGACUCCAGCAAAGCUGGAAAAUACACUGUGUCUGUGUUUGCCAAAUCUUCCGGGGACCCUCAAGGGGUGAUCCGCCAUUACGUUGUGUGUUCCACACCGCAGAGCCAGUACUACCUGGCUGAGAAACACCUUUUCAGCACCAUCCCUGAGCUCAUCAACUACCACCAACAUAACUCUGCGGGACUCAUAUCCAGGCUGAAAUAUCCUGUGUCUAAACAAAACAAAAAUGCGCCUUCUACUGCAGGCCUGGGCUAUGGAUCAUGGGAAAUUGAUCCAAAGGACCUGACCUUCUUGAAGGAGCUGGGAACUGGACAAUUCGGGGUAGUGAAAUAUGGGAAAUGGAGGGGCCAAUAUGACGUGGCCAUCAAGAUGAUCAGAGAAGGCUCCAUGUCGGAGGAUGAAUUCAUUGAAGAAGCCAAAGUCAUGAUGAAUCUUUCCCACGAGAAGCUCGUGCAGUUGUAUGGAGUCUGCACCAAACAGCGCCCCAUCUUCAUCAUCACUGAGUACAUGGCUAAUGGCUGCCUCUUGAACUACUUGAGGGAGAUGCGGCACCGCUUCCAGACUCAGCAGCUGCUGGAGAUGUGCAAAGAUGUCUGUGAAGCGAUGGAGUACUUGGAGUCGAAGCAGUUCCUUCACCGAGACCUGGCAGCUCGAAACUGUUUGGUAAAUGAUCAAGGAGUUGUGAAAGUAUCCGACUUUGGCUUGUCUAGGUAUGUCCUGGAUGAUGAAUACACCAGUUCUGUAGGCUCCAAAUUUCCAGUCCGGUGGUCUCCACCAGAAGUGCUUAUGUAUAGCAAGUUCAGCAGCAAAUCUGACAUUUGGGCUUUUGGGGUUUUAAUGUGGGAAAUUUACUCCCUGGGGAAAAUGCCAUAUGAGAGAUUUACUAACAGUGAGACAGCAGAACACAUUGCUCAAGGCUUACGUCUAUACAGGCCUCAUCUGGCAUCAGAGAGGGUAUAUACCAUCAUGUACAGCUGCUGGCAUGAGAAGGCAGAUGAACGCCCUAGUUUCAAAAUUCUCUUGAGUAACAUUCUAGAUGUCAUGGAUGAAGAAUCCUGAGCUGGCUGAGAAGUUUCGUGGAUCUACUCCUCUCUCCUACAAGCCCUAAUUCCACUUUUCCUGAGGAGCUCCCAGGCUCCCAGGCUCUGCAGCCUUCC